UUUGUUGCUUUUUUAACUCUUUCCUUUACUUUCUUAUAUAUAGAGAGAGAGAGAAGAAGAGGGACAAGAGUAGAAAGAUGGAGACUUUUAGGUCAUCAUAGAAACGAGUGAUGUGCGCAAAGAAACAAGAAGAAGUAGAAAGUUCAGAAGCCAUGAACAACAUACAAAAUUACCAAAAUGACCUCUUCUUCCACCAACUGAUCUCCCAUCAUCAUCACCAAGAUCCUUCUCAAGCCGAAACUUCCGGAGCUCCAGAUAACAACGCCGGAUCCGGAUACACUAUCUUCUCCCAAGACUCAGUUUCACCAAUAUGGCCUACUUCGGCCCAACCACCGUUCGAUCAGUUUCCUCCUCCAUCUUUCUAUGGGAGUUUCUUCAACAGAAGUCGAGCUCAUCAUCAGGGUUUACAGUUUGGGUACGAGGGUUUCGGUGGAGCCACGUCAGCAACACAUCAUCAUCACGAACAGCUUCGCAUCUUGUCAGAGGCUUUAGGUCCAGUAGUGCAAGUUGGAUCAGGUCCUUUUGGGUUACAAGCUGAGUUAGGGAAGAUGACAGCGCAAGAGAUCAUGGAUGCUAAAGCUUUGGCUGCUUCAAAGAGUCAUAGUGAAGCUGAGAGAAGACGAAGAGAGAGAAUCAACAAUCAUUUUGCUAAGCUCCGUAGUAUAUUACCAAGCACCACCAAAACUGAUAAAGCGUCGUUACUAGCGGAAGUGAUUCAACACGUGAAAGAGUUGAAGAGGGAGACUUCAGUGAUUUCGGAGACAAACCUGGUCCCAACGGAGAGCAACGAGCUGACUGUAGCUUUCACGGAGGAGGAAGACUCAGGAGAUGGCAGAUUCGUGAUUAAAGCAUCAGUUUGUUGCGAAGACAGGUCGGAUCUAUUGCCGGACAUGAUCAAAACGUUGAAAGCGAUGCGUCUCAAAACGAUCAAGGCGGAGAUAACAACAGUAGGGGAACGAGUCAGAAACGUGUUGUUUAUCGCCGGAGAAGAGAGCUCCGGCGAGGACGGGACGGAAGAGUAUAGUAUAGGGACGAUAGAAGCAGCUUUGAAGGCAGUGAUUGAGAAGAGUAACGUUGAGGAAUCAUCUUCUUCUGCGAAUGCUAAGAGACAGAGAAUGAGUAGUCACAAUACUAUUACCAUCGUUGAACAACAACAACAUCAUAUGUAAUCAACCUUUAAGCGCGUAUUUUUGGUGUAUCUCGAUUCUCGUGUAUGUUCUAUGGAGAUGAAUGUUGUAAGUCACGUUAUACCUAGUUAUGUGUUUGUGUGUGUGUAUAACGGAAAUAUUUGUAUCCGUUGGUGCUCGGUUUGGUUUUAAGUACCUUUCUUAGCUUGUUUA